GCCGAUCGGGUCCAGCUGUGCGCCGCUGCUGCUGGCCAGGCGCGCGGGGACGGUUCGGGACUGCGCCGGGGGCCGGCCCGUCCUCCCGCGGCUGACGUCCUCCCCUCCGCCGGCCGCUCUGGUCCCGUUAUCAUGUCGCUGAGGCAGCGCCUGGCCCAGCUGGCUGGCCGUCUGCAGGAGCCGCAGAAAGUGGCCCGUUUCCAGCGGCUGUGCGGGGUGGAAGCGCUCCCGCGCCGCUCCGCCGCUCCCGCCACGGAUCCGAGGGAGGAUGAGCAGGCGGAGGCGCCCCUCGCCGGAGACGCCCGGCGCCGAGAGCAGCAGCCGGGGGCGUCCGCAGGCCCCCAGCCGCCCGGGAGCGACCGCAAUCAGUGUCCCGCCAAGCCCGGCGGCGGCGGCGGCGGCGGCGGCGGCGGCGCUCCCAACGGCGUGCGGAACGGGCUGGCGACCGAGCUGGGCCCGGCCUCGCCGCGGCGCGUGGGGGCCCUGCGCCGCAACUCGCUGACGGGCGAGGAGGGCGAGUUGGCCCACGUGAGCAACUGGCCGCUCUACUACCUGUUCUGCUUCGGCACGGAACUGGGCAACGAACUCUUUUACAUCCUCUUCUUCCCCUUCUGGAUCUGGAACCUGGACCCCCUUGUGGGCCGGAGGCUCGUGGUCAUUUGGGUGCUGGUCAUGUACCUGGGCCAGUGCACCAAGGACAUCAUCCGCCGGCCGCGGCCCGCAUCGCCGCCAGUGGUCAAGUUGGAGGUCUUCUACAACUCCGAGUACAGCAUGCCCUCCACCCAUGCCAUGUCCGGCACCGCCAUCCCCAUCUCCAUGGUCCUCCUCACCUAUGGCCGCUGGCAGUAUCCUCUUAUAUAUGGACUGAUUCUUAUCCCCUGCUGGUGUUCUCUAGUUUGCCUAAGUAGAAUUUACAUGGGAAUGCACUCCAUUCUGGAUAUUAUUGCUGGAUUCCUAUAUACCAUUUUAAUCUUAGCUAUCUUCUAUCCAUUUGUGGACCUGAUUGACAACUUCAAUCAAACUCACAAAUAUGCUCCAUUAAUCAUCAUCGGGCUUCACUUAGCCUUGGGGAUCUUUUCUUUCACUCUUGACACCUGGAGUACAUCCCGAGGAGACACAGCUGAGAUUCUAGGAAGUGGUGCUGGAAUUGCAUGUGGAUCUCAUGUUACCUAUAACAUAGGUCUAAUAUUAGAUCCUUCUCUGGAUGUUCUACCAUUAGCUAGGCCCCCCAUUACAGUGACUCUGUGUGGAAAAGCCAUAUUGCGGAUCCUCAUCGGGAUGGUAUUUGUACUAAUAGUCAGAGAUAUAAUGAAAAAAAUCACCAUUCCUUUAGCCUGUAAAAUCUUCAACAUACCAUGUGAUGAUGUUCGAAAAGCAAGACAACACAUGGAAGUUGAACUUCCUUAUCGGUAUAUUACCUAUGGAAUGGUUGGUUUCUCUAUCACAUUUUUGGUUCCUUACAUAUUUUUCUUUAUUGGUAUCUCUUGAUGGAGAAAUACUGUUCGUAAGAAAGGAGGGUAUCAGUUUCCUGUAUCUAAAAAUAUAUUCUAGUUAAAAGCCAAAUCAGAGUUAGGCUUUUGCAGGAAUUUAACUUAAAUAAUUAUUUAAGUAAAUUCAUAAGAGUCAGUGCAUUUUAUCAUUGCACAUCCAGAUAUUGUUUUAGAUGAGCUGAGCUAUUUUAACAGGGAGAAAAUGAUAAGUAGCCAUUUAGAAUGUUCAUGUAAUGUUUGGAGAGUUUUAUGCUGUUAUGAAUUGGAGUUAUAUAUAAUAUAUAUUAAGAUACAUAAUAUACAGUUACGUAUCAAAUAUAUGUUAUAUAUGAAAUAAUAUACCUAAGUUAUUUUAAACUGUGGGGCUGUAUUAUAAAGUCAAUAAUAAUAUGCAAACAGUGUACCUGUAUAUCUUGACUUAAUACAGGCACGUUGUUAUUAACAGAUAUAUUUAACAUUUAUUUACUAUGGGAGCCAUUUCCUAAUUGAAUUGCAUAAUUACUAGGCCAGAAUUCAUAUGCUACCACAUAAUGAUUUACUGCCUCUUUUUACACUGCCAUCACCUUUCAUGUUACCCAUGAUGUUGGACAUGGGAGGCAUUUUUAAUGGACCAAAUUUCCAGAAAAGUUAGUUUUUUAUUCCUUUUUUUUUAAGUUCUGUACACUGUGUUGAAUGUACUUUAUUUGCAGUUGUUCUGGACAUCAGUUUAAUAAUUCAGGUACUGAAUUUUAUUGCUUGCUAAUUGUGCCUUUCUGUUGCUGAAUUAAGAAAUGCCAUGUAUACUGUGAUAUAAAAAUAAGAUGCUAACUCUAUCUUAAGUUACAUAUAAUCAGGCAAAUAUUUUUAAAAUACAUGUCAAACUAACAGGGCUAGAAGUAAGCCACCCUCAAUUCUUCAGCCUUUGCUUGGAAAGAAAUGUGGAAUGGGCUAAACUUUCUAACUAAUUUAUUGGGAAGCUGAAUGGAUAAAUAUUUCCAUUUUUGUAGGUAUUUUUCUGUGCACUGUAAGUUAUAAGAACAAGAUAUAUUUUUUGUACAUUGUCUUGAUUGUUUAUACUGCAGGUAGAUAUUUCCAAUGAAUGGAAAUGUAAUUGAAAUUUAUAGAUGGGACAAUGCACAUGCUUCGUUUGUAAACAAACCGUUUUUCUAAAUUAUUUAGAAAGGAUUGGAUUUAGCAGUGUUAACUUUUACUACCCAUUUAUUAGCUACUUAAGGUAAAUUAUAAAAUCUAAAAGUA